CUGCACACACUUCAUAACAAUUGCGACUCAUCUCUAUCCCAGCAUAAUCGUUCGCAAGCUUUGCGGGAGACUGUCGCGCAUCACGGCCUGACAUCGGCGACCGACAGUAUUCACUCGCCCUCGCCGUUGAGGCCCGCUCUCCCUCAGCCCUGCGCGAUCCCUGGCACGUGUGCGAACAUCCACCUCAAAAGCCAACGCUGGAAUUCCCGUCGCAUCCUCUGCGCCGACACCACGUGCGCCUGAAGAUACAUACACAACAUGGCUUCGGCCUCGGGCUCAGGCCUGACUCGACGGCGAGGCGCGGGCGGCGGCGCAACCACGGCGAACGGUGACGAGGAGGGCAGCAGAGUCUCAAGCCCAGCGCCAAAGCCCCCGAAUAAUUUCUCUUCCGCACCUGAGACAUCCUACGAAGCCGGCGAGAAUGGACACAAGAUCGCAUUCGACCCCCGAGACAUCAGCGAGAAUGUUGAGCGCAGCAAGCAGCCGAAGCUCACACUCAUGGAGGAAGUGCUCCUCAUGGGACUGAAAGAUAAGCAAGGAUACCUGAGCUUUUGGAACGACAAUAUCUCAUAUGCGCUGCGAGGAUGCAUUGUGAUUGAGCUUGCAUUCCGAGGGAGGAUCUCAAUGCAGAGGGAUAGCGGGAGGAGGAGAUUCCCGCUUGCAGACCGACUCAUUGAGGUUGUAGACGACACAUUGACGGGAGAAGUCUUGCUUGACGAGGCAUUGAAGAUGAUGAAGAGCAGUGAGAAGAUGAGCGUGAGUUCGUGGAUUGAUCUCAUGUCAGGUGAGACAUGGAACCUUAUGAAGAUCGGCUACCAGCUGAAGCAAGUCCGCGAACGAUUGGCAAAGGGUCUGGUCGACAAGGGCAUCCUCCGAACCGAGAAGCGUAACUUCCUCCUAUUCGACAUGGCCACACAUCCAGUCGCGGACGGUGGUGCGAAAGACGAGAUCAGGAGAAGAGUCCGAGCGGUGCUCACGAACCGAACAGUAGUGCUUCCCGCAUCUGAAUUCUUGCCUGAGGGAAUGGAGUUCAGACAUCUGCGCACCGUGGCUAUGCUCUGCGCUGCCUACGCUGCGAACGUCCUCGAAAAUGCUUUGGUCACACUAGGUCACGAGGCGCGAGAAAGGGCAUUUGCUCAGGUGGACGAACUUCUUGCGGAGUACUCACAGUGGCCAUUUGGGCGUAGAACUGGAGGUCCUGCGGCCAUUGGCGCCAAUCUUGACCAGGCUAUUCGCGAUGAGGUCAACGCGGCCAAGGAUAAGGAGUUGCAAUUGGAGGUCGUUGCGGCAUGCUUGAGCGUGUUCACGCGUCUGGACUCUCUGCUCUGAGCUCAGCACAACCAGUGAGUGCUCGAAAUGGAGAGCAAGCUAUCAAGUUGGCCAUUACCGUGCAGCAACGAUACAUUACUCUUGUCGGACCAGAAGGCCCGGGGCUUCCUAUCGAGCAGGGUCAGGAGAGAAAAGAAUACCUAGUGUCUGGAAGGGCAAUCUGUAGCAAAGACGGCACGGUAUUGCAGCUCUGAAGCGGACGAGAACUUAGCGCAGCUCGACGAGUGUCAAAGGUGGGAUGAGAAGUGGACGGAUUGGCUUCGCUUUCGAACAGUGACCGAGAGCUGCCAAAGCGCGUUGGCGUUGGAGGAGUACAUUGUGAUAUUGUGUCUGAUCAGAUACCAAGCGAAAAGAAGCACUUUAUUGUUCCAG